GGAGCUGCGGCUGCGGCGGCCCCGGAGCGCGGGGCAGCGGCGCCGGCGCCCGGCUGGAGCGGCCCCGCCGCGCCCGAGGCACCGGCCCUGGAGGCGCUGGACAUCGGCCCCGCAGGCAGCGGCCGGACCCGAAGAUGAAAUCCUCUGACAUCGACCAAGAAUUGUUCACUGAAAGUUACUGCAAGGUGUGCAGUGCUCAGCUGAUCUCCGAGUCCCAGCGCGUGGCCCAUUACGAGAGUCGGAAGCAUGCCAGCAAAGUCCGCCUGUACUACAUGCUUCACCCCGUGGAUGGAGGCUGCCCGGCCAAAAAGCUGCGCUCAGAAAAUGGCAGUGAUGGUGACUCAGUGGAUAAGAACAAAUGCUGCACGCUAUGUAACAUGUCCUUUACCUCAGCAGUGGUGGCAGAAUCGCAUUACCAAGGGAAAAUCCAUGCCAAAAGGUUAAAACUGUUGCUAGGGGAACAACCAGCACUGAAGGCCACAGAGGCUGCUCUGGGUCCCCUGAAGCCGGCGCACACGGAGAGCACCGCGGCCGUGCCGCCGCCGCCGCAGCGCCGGGACUCGGACAGGUACUGCCAGCUCUGCACAGCCUGGUUCAACAACCCCCUGAUGGCACAGCAGCACUACGAGGGCAAAAAGCACAAGAAGAACGCGGCCAGGGCCGACCUCCUGGAGCAGCUGGGGAAGACCCUGGACCUGGGGGAGCUGCGAGGCCUGAAACGCAGCUACACCUGCAACAUCUGCAACGUCACCCUGAACUCCAUAGAGCAGUACCAUGCACACCUGAAGGGCUCCAAACACCAGACCAACCUGAAGAACCAAUAGUGGCUCAUCAGUGGAGAAGAGGACAAGCACUAAUGCUGCUUCUGUGGAGGGGAGCAGGCCAGCAGGAGAGGAAGCUUUCUUGGACAGUGAUCCUAUGUGGAUUCAAUAAUUAACAUGUAACUAACCUUUACUUUGGACAAGUACAUGGAUUUUCUUUUUUUUUUUAAUUUUGUGGUGAGUUAAAAUAUUUCGAUGGAUUUUUUUACCCUUUCAAGACAAUAUUUAUUCAGCACAGAGUCUAGAGUAUGAUAACUAUCCUGUAAAUACAGCACUUACUCAUCAGUCAUCUUCAGGGACAGUGGAAACAAACUAUUUUACUUUUUCAUAUUUAUUCCUAGAUUUCUCCCAAGAGUAUAAGAUUAUUCUACUACAUUAUCCAUGAUAGUGAUGUAAUCAGUCUUCAAUCAGAAAUAAACACACUUUCUUCACCUUC